GGCAACGGCCGGGGUGAUGGAGUGUGGCCGGGGUUACGGUCAGAGGCCGAUUGACCGGCUUGGCGAGAAUUGGACGAUGGGGUAGCCGAAUCGGAAUCUGAGACAAUCAUGGCGGCGAGAGAAGGAACUGACCUGGACAGGAAGAAGAAUGAGUCGGGUGAGCAGCGGAGUUGUAGACGAACGGUGGUGAAGAAAGCGAAAGGAAGAGAUGGCGUCCAGCGGCGGUUUUUAACUGACAACAGGAAGGCGAAUCGACAGGCCAUGAUUACGUAUUUGUGGAGAUCGUGCCCAAGUGUCGUGCGGAACCCAAGGAACGGCCCGGAUCCCCGCUGGAGCGUCCACGUGGACUUUGCAAACUCCCCACUCCUCCGCUUGGCCCAGCUGAGGACUGAGGAGUUGGGGGGCUUGCUCUGGCGGAAUUUUCAAGGCUUCGGCCCUCAAAGCUUCUCUUCGAUCUUCCUUUUCUUCGAUUCUCAAGGCUUCGGUUCUCAAAGCCUCUUCAAGAUUGGACUUCAUCUUCUAAGGCUCUGGCGGAAUUUUCAAGGCUUCGGCCCUCAAAGCUUCUCUUCGAUCUUCCUUUUCUUCGAUUCUCAAGGCUUGGGUUCUCAAAGCUUCUUCAAGAUUGGACUUCAUCUUCUAAGGUACAACAUGGUGGACCAAGGUCUUGUAAAUGAGCCAGUGUUCUCUUUCUGGCUUAACCUUGAUACAAAUGCACAGGAUGGAGGAGAACUUGCUUUUUGUGGUGUUGAUCCUAAACAAUUUAAGGGGGAACACACUUAUGUUCCUGUCACUAAGAACUAAGAAGGGUUACUGGCAAGUACCAGAGUAUUAC